AUGGUCUCGCAGCCCGAUCACUCGUCCACGUCCGGCUCUGGGGGCACCAUCACCGUCCGCGGCCCCAGCUCUGUCGUCGGCACCAGCUCCACCACCGGCGCGCGACACCGAUCUUCUCGACGCCACCACUACAACAGGUCCUAUGCCGGCGGCGCCUCCUACGUCCCGCAGAAUGAGUUCCCCUGGUUCUCCCACUCCGGCGACGUCGAGAUCGUGGUCAAGGUCCCCUCCGGCCACGAGAACAGGUACCUGCUGCACCGACACACCCUGACGCGGUGCAGUGGGUUCUUCGAGGCGAGCACCAGUGAGCCGUGGUCCAAGGCGGUAGAUGUCGUUCCGGAUUUGCCUGCAUUACCUGCGCCGGGGCGAAAUGGAGCUCCGGCCGGAGGGGAGCUGGCCAGGAUAGGCGAGGACAACGGUACCGCCGAGAGAGGAAGCACUGUGUCGCGGGCAAACAUAGGCACGCCGAGAAAGAGGUGGAGAUACGAGCUCGACUACGGGAAAGGGGGCGACGAUAUACCCAUGCUGGUGCAGAAGGAGGAGAACAGCAACAACAACACCACCUCUGCCGCAACCGGCCGCCUGAUGGGGCCGCCAACCACCUCCAUCUUCGGCGGGAGCUCAAGUAGCAGCGCCGUUGGCCGAACAAAACACUCUCACAACCAGUCAUCCUCGCGCGACUUCUUCCGAUCCGUCGCGAACCUCAGUAUGCCCUCACCUACUCACAACCAAUAUCCACUACCGACGAACACUACCUCGAAUCUCCCGCCGCCGUCACCCGAAGACCAAGACACACUUCGCGACUACGACAACCUCUUCCGCAUAAUGUACAAUUUCUCCCCCGUCCUGGAUGGAAUAAACAUUGCCGACGCAUACGUACAAUGCAAAUCGCUGCUCACCAUAGCGGAUCAGUACGAUGCGCUAUCCGUCGUUGGGCCAAGGGUAGAUCACCACCUGUUGCAAUUCCAAAGCCGGCUGUGGAAACAGAUUGCGAAGUACCCCAUCAGCUAUCUUCGGCUGGGUCACCUGGCAAGAAGCAAGAUUAUUUUCCAGGAGGCCCUCAUCCACGUCGUCGGCCAAUGGCCUGCCGGGGAGCGCAGCCUGAGGAACACCCUACCCGAGUCCGUCCUGGAUAUCAUCGAGGAUAAGGUCGACGAGCUGGAGGAAACUGUCGCAAGGGUCGAGGGCCGCCUUUUCAGGCUCAAUCUGACUACAAGAUCCGGGGAGCGAGUAACGCCUGCGACUGGCUACCUCGACUGGUUAGCCGUCAGCUUCUUCAGGCAGUGGCUGGCAGACAACACCACGCCCAAUCCUGUUCCCGCACCCCCGCCCCAAAGCGAGCGGAGAGCAAUAGCACAACCCGGCGGAGGACGGACGCGCAACAAUUCAGGCCCUAACAGUAACAAUAAUACCGCGCUCAUUCCUGCGUCAGCCGCACAGCCCGUUAUUCCCCUCGUUCCACCAUUAGCCUCGCUGGGCCGCACGUACCGCACUCUGGGCGGCAUGACAGGGGCCAGCGCGCCGGGGUACCUGACGCACGAUGAGUGCAAGCGCUUCCUCAAGCUCACGCCCGAGAUGUACAGCCGCGACAACCUGCGGCGGUUCGAGAAGCGCAUAGACGAGCUCAAGAGCAUGGCGCGCGAGGUCGUCAGGCCGCUGAUGGGCAGCGGGCUGGAGCUCGACCUGGGCGGGGGCAGCCGCGCCGCCGAGGGCAUCGGGUACCUGACCUGCACGCGGGUCAGCGAUCGGGACCUGCCGUGGUCCGUCGAUGAUUGA